AUGUUUGGAGCUUUUAGACCUACGAAUGUUAUGUCUGGGGGUCUUCUUUGGAAGAUCCCAUGGCGACUCUCGAAAUUCCAAAAGGCACGACAGCGCAAACGUUUAAGGGCAGUCGAUUCGGUGGUUGCUACAGUGGAUAGAGCCUUGGCUGCUAAGGGAAUUACGACAAAGGCUGUGGAGAGGUGGAAGGAGGAAAUGCCAACGGAGCAGGAGAUGUUACCAAAAGAUAAAUACACAAUCUUUGACCGGAAAGAGAAGAAAUAUAGAAAGGGAAUUCACAAGCUUCCUAAGUGGACGAGAUUAUCACAACGACUCAAUCCUCCCGGUUAUUGA